AUGGCCUUGUCGGGGUGGCUGGCCGCAGCGUUUUUGCAGCCAGCAUGGUCGCAGCCUCCUCCGCGAAUUGACGACGAGGACUACUUGCGGCCAGUGGAACCAGUCCGGCGCUUCCUUGAGCACGGGGCUUCUUUCUGCGAGUUCCCGGCGGUCGACGCAAGGAAUCUAAGCCGGAAGGCAUUCCGAAAGCUUGCCGCCAAGAGUGAGGGCGGGCUGGUUUUGAGAGGCUUGACAGAACCUUGGCUCACAUCGGUGAGCUGGUCCAAAGAUCGAAUUCUCGAACGUUUCGGACAGUACUUCAUACAGACAGGCACGGGCCGCUGGGAUCGACCAGAAGCCACCCCAGAGGUCCUGCUCGAGGACUUCUUCCGGUCUGCGAACCAAACAGCGAAGAACUUGGUUGCAAAAGGCUACUCCCACCGCUUAGUCUCAGAAGCCUUCUGGGGACCAGAGGGAGAGUGCUCUCCGUCCACGGUCGCCAGCUGGCAUUGUAACGGCAGCGCCGCCAAGGAGAUCAGCCCAAAGAUACUGGCAGAUUUCGACCUGAGGCCGACGGUGCAGAUUGGGAUGUCGGAGGCUUCCGGCACGCAGCUGCACGUACACGAGGAGACCUGGCUCGCCGUCCUGCAUGGACGCAAGGCGUGGUGGAUCGCUCCUGAAGAACCAUCGGAUGAGAUUCUCCGCGAAGAGCAUGCCAACGCUCGUCACCCCUGCCAAUGGCUCGAGGAGAGUCCUCCGGUUGGGCUUCGGUUUUGCGUACAGCAGCCCGGCGAGGUCGUCUACUUUGGGCCGAGGCUCCAUGCUACCUGCAACCUGGAUCCUUUCGUCUUCGGCAUUGGCGCACAGGGCCGCCUCCCGAAGAUGACGGCCCUGGAGCGUGCGGUGCAUCGCGGACAAACUGGUCUCGCAAAGGAGUACUUGGCACAGAAGCGGCAGCUUUCGCCUACGCAGCUUCACAAGGGGCUGAGCCAUGCGACCGAGUACGGCUACACCUCUAUGGUGGCGCUCCUCGCCGAUAUGCGUGCCGAUUUGCAAGCACCUCUGGAGGAUGGUAAGCCGCCGCUUCACAGUGCAGCUGAGAACGGUCAGCUGGAGGUUGCGCAACUGCUGCUGGAGCGCCGGGCCGACGUUCGCACGCGAGAUGCGACGGGCAAGCAGCCACUGCAUCAUGCAGCCUACAAUGAUGCAGGUCCAGUGGUCGACCUGCUGAUCCAGAGGCGUGCGUCCUUAAAGACUCUCGACGAGCGGGGCCUGGCCCCUUUCGGCUCUGCGGCAGACGGUGGCUACCCUGCCCUGCUGGAAGCCCUUCUGCGCCGCCAUUCGCCAAAGUCAGCGAAAGGCUACGAGAGUGCCGCCAUCCAUGCGGCUAGCAAAGGGCAUCUCCCCGUGCUGAAGAAGCUCCUGGAGUGGAGGGUGGAUUUGACUCGCCGUGCCGGAGGAAGACAGCUCGCCGACCACGCGGAGUUCUACCAUCACACAUCCGUCGCUCGGUUCCUACGCAGCUUGGAGGAGCCCUCAAGGCCUUCCCGGAAGGCAGGCAAAGGCCAGGCGAUCAACAAGUCCCUGUUUACCCUCGGACAGGUGAUUUCGCAACUUUCCCAAGGCAAGGCCGAGAGGCAUAUACCGUACAGGAACUCCAAGCUGACGCAGCUGCUUCAGGACAGCUUCGGCGGCUCGGCUCUCUGCCUCAUGGUCACUUGCAUCUCGCCCGCUGCGGCUUUCGCAGAGGAGUCAGUGAACUCGUUGAACUACGCGCAGAAGGCGAUGAACAUCCAAAAUACUCCGAUCCUGCAGCUGGAUGAGCAUCAGCGUGUCUUGCAAGAGCUCCGGUCAGAGAAUGCAAAUCUCCGGCGAGAGCUCGAAGGUUAUCGCCACCGCUACGGGGACCUGUCGUCCCGCGGUUACCUUUCGGACAACGUCGGCACGGAGCUCCCGGCCGAGUCACCCAGCGAGACCUCUUCUCCUCAAGAACCGAAGCGGGAGCUGGCUUCACGUGGCCACAGCCUUCCGCCGGACUUCUCCCCCCAGGUACCGAGACCUCCAGCACCUGCACCUGCAAGCACCAAUCUGCCGUCGCCCGUCUCGGCACGCAGCGGCUCUGGCGGGACCCCAGCUCUUUGCACAGAGAUGUCUGAUCUGCUGCGGUUCCUGGAAAAGGGUGAGAAAGAUGCUGCCAAGCACCAAAGCAGUGCUCACGCCAUCGUCAGCUGCGCCCUCCUGUAUGUUGCCAUGUCCACUGUGGGAAUCCUCGUGGACUACUUUCUUCCUGGCGUGGACGACAAGCUGCCACCAUCAAGAUGGGCUGUCUGGCUACUUCUGGGGUACUGGAGCUGGCUGGUCCUCCUUCGACUUCGUUGCGAAACCGCAAGCGUAGCCGGGGACAUUUACCAGCUUAUGUUUUCCUGCAACUUUGCCAUGCCUGCCGCGGCACUCGCUAUUUUCCUGCACAACCCGGUCCUGCUGUGCGCACAAGGUAUGUUGGUGGCCAUUGACCAAGUCCUCUGGUAUGUCGACCUUCUUGGCUAUUUGCUGCUGGGAAAGCUGCCACUCAAAGUAGUCGGCUACCUUCUGUGGCCAAGUACGCCGCUGUCUCGCCGCAUCUCCUGCGUGCACCACCUGCUGUUUGAGCCUUUGGUGAUUCUCGUGGGCUGCCAAUGCAGAAGCCUGCCAGUCGGACGGGCCUUCGUAGUCGCCUUGGCGCAGACCAUAUGCUGCCAGGUCAUCUGCCGCUUCACCACGCCACUGGAAGUUGUGGGGUCGAAGGGGGAGGUCUGCUAUUUGAACAUCAACCUUUGCUACGAAUCCUUUCGAGACGUCAAGCCCGCAUGCAUCCGGAUCUACGACCGCGCAGCACCCAUCAAGUACCUUCCCUGGAUGCUCUGGAUCUGGAACGCAGGCAAUUUGGUGCUUUUCCUUCUGCUGGCAGCUUGUCCGUCGCAGGAAUGCCUACCUCAUCAUCCUGCCACUCCGGUGGUUCGGCCUUGUGUCGACCAGCAUAUCGCUUUCACUUUUUUAAACUUGGCUGCCAACGGUGCUAGUGCUUUCAAGGCCAAUGCAAAGCUGGCACAGCUAGAAAGGCCCUCGAAGCCUGUUCGCGCGCUGCCGCCUUCUUCCCCAAACUCGGAGGAGUCGCGGCGCCUGGAGGGCCCGGGCUUUCCACCGACGAUUUGCGCACCACCACUCUCGAAGGCGAUUCGGAGCCAUUCGCGCGAUGACAUCACAUCGCCACUCACAGCCGAGCAGCUGGAGCACCUGGAUCGCGCCCACUGGAGCGAGUGGCAGAUGGACUUUAGAACGUCCACAGCCAGCAACGCGGUGAGCCGAGGUUCCAGCAGGCCCACCUAUCCAGAGGAUGGACUUCGCCGAGCAUCUCGGUCGGACAGCUCUUCGACGAGUUCUUCGCUUUCCCCGGCAAGCGGGGCAGGCAGCGCUACGCCACUGGCGCAACUUCCGGAGGUGCCAUUUCGUGAUGAGAUCGACCCCACAGCCAGUCGUGAUGCUGAUCAGGAUGCAGGCGAUGGAACCUCCACCGCCAGUGAGACGCCUGUGGACAAGGCGGCUUUGGGGGACGACCGGUAUCUUUCCGAGCUCAACCUGAAGCUGGCGUCCAUGCAGCAGGCGACCAAUGCUUUGGCUUGUGACUGA